AGAGCCGUUCAAAACUACAGAUAAAAACCCGCAGAAAACUGCAGUUCAUCGAUGAAAACAUGAAAAACAGACGUACAGGACGAUGUAACGAAUGUAAAGCGACUUGCAGCGCUCACCGGCCCAUCAGCUUUUGUUUUUCAGUUAACUAAGUUAGCUGUCAACAUUAGUUAAAAAAAUGUAUACUUUUCUGACGAAGAACAACACGAAGAAGACCGUUCCAAAAACCGAGACCGAUAUUCGUGUCAGGUGGAGUUGCUAACUUCUGUUAAUGUGUUGUUAACGACAAAUGUUGUCGGUUAGUUAACACUCAGACCGAAGGAAUUUCAACAAAAACAUCUGCCACUUACCCCUAAAAGGCAAACUUUCAGCUCCCUUAUGGCCAUGGUGAGGGCUUUGAAGGAUCCUUAGCUGCUUUGCCAUUGGCCGAGGCGGCGGUGUCUGCAAUGGCAGCCACCGCGGCAAUGGAGCGUUUGGUUUGCUCCUCGCUCCGGGGCUCCGGGCUCGGCUGCGCAGGGGGGGCCUGCUCAGCCAGCGGCUGGACGGUCUGUUCCUGCUGCAGUUUGUGGCUCUGCAGGAGGCGAAGCUGGACGCGGAGCUCCAAAAUGGCUUCCUGUUCCUCGUGGAUGGCCUGGUUCAGGUGAGAGAUGUGACCCCAGGAGUAAACCGGGAGAGGACAAUGAAAUGCAGGAGUCUCCCGUGAAAAUCAUAAGGCCUGCAGUCUGGUUGAGGACGAUGGAGAUAUUCUGAAUAUUCAUCUUGGUGUCCGCCUCCCUGACGAUGACAUGGUCCAUGUGCGUGAUAAGCCAGGAGAGAAUAAGUCUGCAGUCCGGCGCUACCUCGGCCAGCAGCUUCUGGAACUCCGUCACCUUCUCUGCCUCCACCUGCCGACCGCAGGCGUCCUCGAAGCGCUGGGUCAGAUCCCGGCCCAACAGGUUUUCUGGCAGCUCGCGUAGGUACUGCUUCAGUAGGCUGGCAACCGUGUGGGGGUCAUACUCCUCCAGGCAGGGGCACUCCUCACGGUCAUAUGCUGCUUUCAAUUCAUCCACCUUGGACUUCAUACCUGAGAGGGAGAGAAGCCAAUACCCUCCCUGUCAAACCAAAUCUCCAUGUGCCUGCCUGAAUCCCUAGCAUUCAUCCUGCUACACACCUCCUCCUCCCCCUCCUCCUACUUGCUUGGAAAAUAAUGCCAUAGACAGGCCAGGAUCAGCAUCCAAUGAAAAAGUGGGAGUGCCGCACCAUGUGAGCCGAUUGGCCGCCCUGGCUCUAAGCAGACUGGUAGAGAGUCUGCAGCUCAGGGAUUAUUGAUGCUAUAGGCCCAUCUACAUCUGUUCCACAAUGGUUGUUCCUGAAUCUCAUGACAAAAUGUACUACCCUCCUGAUGACAUAAAGAGGGAUGCUCAUGUGCCUGAUUUUAACGCCUAUCUGGCACUGUACAGGAAGUCUCUUGAGAAUCCAGAAGCUUUCUGGAAAUCGACUGCGGAUGAGUUCUUUUGGAAGGAACCAGGAACAGGACCGCUGAUGCAGUACAACUUUGAUGUGACAAAAGGGAACAUUUAUGUCAAAUGCAUGGAAGGGGCCAAAACCAACAUGUGCUAUAACGUCCUGGACAGGCUUGUGAAGGAGAAGAAUCUUGGUGAAAAGGUUGCCUAUUACUGGGAGGGGAACUCAUCUGAUCACCACAUGACCAUCACCUACCGCCAGCUGCUGAGCCAGGUCUGCCGCUGUGCUAAUGUCCUCAAGCAAAUGGGUGUAAAAAAGGGAGACAGGGUGUCGAUCUACCUUCCCAUGAUCCCAGAGCUGGUCUACACUAUGUUGGCCUGUGCAAGGAUAGGCGCUGUUCACUCCAUUGUGUUUGCAGGUUUUUCCUCCGAGUCUUUGUGUGAGAGGAUUAUGGAUGCUCAGAGCAGCGUCCUGGUGACAGCAGAUGGUGUUUAUAGAGGAGAGAAGCUGAUCAACCUGAAACAGAUUGUGGCCGAGGCGCUGGAGAAGUGUAAGGAAAAAGCCUCAGCCAGUGUCACUAAAUGCCUUGUCGUCAAGCACCAAGCACUGAGGACAAAAAGCGGAGCUGCAUGCAACAAACUACAGACCCCCUGGGACGCAAAGUGUGAUGUGUGGUGGGAUGAGGCGAUGAGAGACUCUCCUGAAGAGUGUGAACCCGAGUGGCUGGACGCUGAGGAACCACUGUUUAUCCUUUACACCAGCGGCUCCACCGGCAAACCCAAGGGAGUUCUCCACACUGUUGCCGGGUACCUGCUAUACACUUCGCUGACCUUCAAGUAUGUUUUUGACCAUCACCAUGACGACGUGUACUGGUGCACCGCCGACAUCGGCUGGAUCACAGGCCACUCCUACAUCACCUACGGCCCCCUUGCGAACGGUGCAACAAGUGUCCUGUUUGAAGGUAUUCCAGUCCACCCUCAUGUCGGCCGGUUCUGGGAGAUCAUUGAGAAGUACAAAGUCACCGAGUUCUACACAGCUCCUACAGCCAUCCGCCUGCUGAUGAAGUAUGGACGGGAACCGCUGCAGAAGUAUGACCUCUCCAGCCUGAGGAUUCUGGGUACUGUUGGUGAGCCGAUCAACCCAGAGGCGUGGCAGUGGUACCACGAGGCCGUCGGUCAGGGCAGAUGUCCCGUGGUCGACACUUUCUGGCAGACAGAAACUGGAGGUCAUGUUUUGACUCCUCUGCCUGCUGCCACACCGCUAAAACCAGGUUCUGCUUGCGGUUCACCAAUAAAAAUCACGCUGAUAAGGAAGGGUUGGACCUCUACCUUUCCUUUCUUCGGGGUAGAGCCCGCAAUCCUCAACGAACACGGGGAGGAAUUGGAAGGCGAGGCUGAGGGUUAUCUUGUAUUCAGGAGGCCCUGGCCUGGCAUAAUGCGUACUGUGUACAGAAACCACGAACGCUUUGAGAACACCUACUUCAAGAAAUUCCCGGGCUUCUAUGUAACUGGUGAUGGCUGCAGGCGGGAUAAAGACGGCUAUUACUGGAUCACAGGAAGAAUGGACGACAUGCUGAAUGUGUCAGGCCACCUGAUGAGCACAGCGGAGGUGGAGGCAGCUCUGACGGAGCACCCGGCUGUGGCGGAGGCUGCGGUGGUGAGUCGGCCUCACGAGGUGAAGGGCGAGUGUCUCUACUGCUUCGUCACCCUCAAAGACAGCAGGGAGUUCAACCGCACACUGGUGGAGGAGCUGAAGAGACUGGUGAGAGAGAAAAUUGGACCAAUCGCCACGCCGGACUUCAUCCAAAAUGCUCCAGCACUCCCGAAAACUCGCUCAGGGAAGAUCAUGAGGCGAAUCCUCCGGCAGAUCGCCCGCAACGAGAAGGAUCUGGGCGACCUUUCGACCCUGGCCGACCCGAUGGUGGUGGAAGUGCUGUUCAGCCAGAGAUGUGAAGCUGCUGCCUGAACACACACCUCACACUUUUCUUUCUUCUUACUAUGCAGCGGUACGGAUGAAGACAAUCACAAACUGCUGGUUCUGGAUCAGCGUCUGGGUGUUUGUGUGCACUCUUUGGGACUGAAUGAAGGGGCUGGGAUCAGAAAAAUUAUACCGCUGACACUGAGACAUUUAAAAUGGUUAUGUGGAGAAAAAGAUAAUAGAAAACAAGUGAAAAAGUCAAAUCAAAUGUCAUUGAUGCCAUUUGGUGCCAUAUGAUACGUCUUUUAGUUCCAUGUCUCAUCGUAAUUCUUGAAACAGAAAAGUCAACUUUGCACAGCUUGUUUUUGACUGACGACUGAUGUAUAUUUUUAAUAUGUGAUAGGCUACAUUUCCAUGACCCGGGAAUAAAGUGUUUAAUCUGUU